CUUUCAAUAUCCAGGUUAACGUUGGUGUCCUGCUCACAUACCCCAUCCUGAUCUCCAUCGGCACAGUGCUCAGCGUCCCUGGAAAUGCAGCCGUGGAUCUGGUGAAGCACAAAAUGAUCUUCAGCGUGGUGAGGUUGGGAGCCACCAUCAUCAUCUGCAUCGGGUUCCUGCUCAUGCUGCUCCCCGAGGAAUGGGACGAGAUAACCCUGAGGUUCAUCAACAGCCUGAAGGAGCAGAAGAGUGAGGAUCACGCCGACGAGAUCCCAGAGUCCAGCGUACACACGAGGAGCAGGAGCAGAGCUAACGGGACAGUGUCUGUACCACUGGCUUAG